UGAAUCAUAGUCAUGUACUAUUUCUUCUCCUGAUUUGAACUCUCACUUUCAUGUCAUGGGUUAAGGAAAACAAAAAUAUCACCUGUGAAUAUGUGUUUUUCUGCUUCACCUGGUUGAUUAACCUGUUUGAAGGUCGAUUGGUGAAAUACUUGAACACAGCGUCAUCAAAACAAAGCCAGCGUUUUAGAAGAGUCAUGAGAGGAGAAUGGAAACCGAAAGUUAUGAGCGCAGAGUGGGAAAACGAAUGUUAUGAGGAGGCGGUCUGUAUAUAAACUGCUGGCCUGAAACUUGGAGCACAGCUGCGCUGAGCAUCUUUUACUGAAGAACUACGGAGAGAUUAUUUUCUUUUAAAGUCGUUGCAAGGAUAUUUUCAUCAUCAUGGAGCUAAACAUCACUAUGCUUAACGGGACGUCCCAUUCCCUGAUGGUGCAACCACACGACACGGUUGGCUCUCUGAAAACAACGAUCCACACCAAAUUUGGACUCGUCUCUCAGACGCAGAGGCUGAUCUACGAUAAUGGACAGAGGACCUCUCUGGACGACGACUCGAGGUCUCUCAGCUCCUACGGUUUACAGUCCGGCUCCCGGCUGUCGCUGCUGGUCACACAGCCCACCACCAUCCAGGUGUUCCUGAGAAAUGAAAAGGGACAGACCAGAACCUACGAUAUCGGACCUGACAUGACUGUGAACGACUUCAAGAACAAGGUCCAGAGAGAUGAGGGGGUGCCGGUGAACCAGCAGAGGCUCAUUCAUGAAGGCAGAGAGAUGAUGACCGGGAGGCUGUCGGAUUAUGGCGUGAAGGCGCUGAGCACCGUCUACCUGACUCUCCGUCUCAGAGGAGGCUGAGGAGACUUUCACACACUUAAUGUGCAUUCCUUUUUUAAUUAUUAUUAUUGUAAUUUAUCACCGUUUUCUUUUAGACACGACAUUCCUGCAUUUCUAAUAUUGUUUUUGGCAAUAGAGUUAAGAUGUACACACCAACAGAUCUUGUUUUAUUUUAAACAUGUUAACUGACUGGUGUUAAAAUAAAGUUAAAGUUCACUGUC